AUAUAGCCAAACAGGGGAGCACAAACAACCAAAACUCCAAACAACUAUAGCAUGAGAAUUUAGACCCUUCUCUCAGAAAAAAAGAAGAGAGAUUUCAGAGAGCUAGAAAGAGAGAGAGAGAGAGGGAUUGGAGAUCUUGUCAGAUCGGGAACAGAAACCUGGACAUGGGGAGGGAAAUUACUGGUGUGAAGGAAGAGAAGAAAAUUAAUGGUGUUGUAGUGGGUACCAAUGGUUUUUCUACUGCUAAAAUCCAUGUCUCUCCCAAAAUUUCCGAGAGAAUCAGCAGGAUCGAGUCCAAGGAGUACAAGGUGAAGGACUCUAAUGAAGAGAAAGCAGCUGAGGGGGAAGGUCUUGAGAAGCAAGAUAUGCUGGCUGUUGAGAGCACGAAUCUUGAUGAUGACUUGACCAAGGAGAAUAAUGAGAAACCUGGAACUCAGAAGUCAAGUGAGAGUUUAAAUUCCAGCUCACCAGUUUCAAAAUCUGCUGCUGUAGAAAAUGGGCAUUCAAAUCAGACUGUUCCUCAUCCCAAUGCUCUGGUAACUGAAAGGGCUGGUACAUGUGAAGAGACUGCUGGGGCUGAAGUUGCCAUUUCAGAAAACUCCAGCACUGCAGAGUCUCCUAAUGCAACUAAGACUUCACAGACUGCCAAUGCAGAGUCACCUACUAAGAGUUCAGAGCCAAAUUCACCUCGGUCAUCACGACCUGAUACUAAGAAGCAUGCUGAGGAAGAAGAUAAUUGGUCUCUUACUUCCUCAACUGCUGCAUCUGUGAGAACAAAUAAAUUCAAGGUUACAGUUGGACAAGCUCCUUCGUUUAAAUGCAGUGAACGCGCACAAAAAAGAAAUGAGUACUACUCGAAGUUAAAGGAAAAACAACAAGCUCUGGAGGCAGAGAGAUUGCAGUACGAAUCAAGGACCAGGGAAGAGCAAGAAGCAGCCAUCAAGCAGCUGAGGAAGUCCUUGGUGAUCAAAGCAAAGCCAGUACCUAGUUUCUAUUACGAGCCACCUCCUCCUAAGGCUGAACUCAAGAAGCUUCCACUUACGCAGCCCAAGUCACCAAAACUGAACAGUCUAAGCAGGAGAAAGAGCUUUGGUGAUGCUCUCAACACAUCUCAUGACGAAAAGGGAAGAGUUUGUCCUCGAGCACAUCGUCACAGCGUUGGUUGCCAGAAAGAAUGCACUGCAUCGACUACUCCAAAGAAUAAGGUGCAGAACAGUAGACGUAACAGUCUUGGCAAUGGUAGCAAAGUCAAAGACCAAUCAAAACAGGGAGAAGAAGAAACAACGAAAACAGCUCCUAAGUUCACCCAGAAGAGAAACGUAGACAUCAGUUUGAAUCAUGAACUCGAAAGCUUUUUCUAAUAUCAAGUGGGUCUUCAUUUUUUGUGGUUUACAUUUGGAUGUACUAAAUGGAAAAUAGCUGGUUUUCAUUCCUCCACAAUGACUUGUUUACGUGGUUUGUGUGAUUGUGAACUGUAUAUGUUUUGUAAGUUGGUGCUGGUACAUAUCUUGUUAUAUAUGAAAUGAGUAAUCCAUUCUGACA